AUGGAGCUUGAACAUGAAUAUUCAUUUUUCAAAGUCUCCAAGACUGAAAAUGUCUCGGAGGCUGCUCAAAAAUAUCGAGAUCUCCGACUACGAGCGUUGAAAACCUCACCCAGUUCAUUUUCGUCCACAUAUGAGACCGAGGCUGCCUUCUCUGAAUCCGACUGGAUUGAUCGUUUGACAGUACCUGAUCGUGAGGUCUUCAUAUGUGCCGCAACUCCAGUGGUCAGAAAUACGACUGCCCCGCCCGUUGAAUGGAUUGGUCAAGUCACACUACGCGGGCCAAUGUCCAUGGCCGAUUUCGCCUUGCCCACCGAAUCUGGGCAAACCGAGUUGAAAUCAGACGCAGAAGAAGAACGAUGGCAAAUGCUAAGUCUAUUUACGCUUCCAGAGCACCGUGGAAAUGGUCUUGGUGGGAAACUAUGCCAGGUGGCGGUCGACUGCUUACGAACUUGGCAAUCGUCGCCUAAUCAAAUACACAUCCGUCUCAUGGUCAAGCCUGAAAACCACGUCACCGUGAAUCUUUACAAACGCCUUGGCUUUGCGACAAUUGGAAAAUGUACACUUGCUGAAGCACUGAGGGCAAAUGGAGAUGGCCAUCUUUUACCUAAGGAGUUGGCUUCUGCGAAAUAUUCUCAGCGAUCGGGGCUUAUUAUGUCUAUCUUUGUGCACCGUAAUUGA